ACCAGCGUGGCGAGAUAAGAAUAAAAUGUACCUGCAGACAUUUUUGUGUAGCGAAAUAUCCCUGUGCCGGUAGGAACUAACAGCGUGGCAUUGCGAGUGUCCCGGCCGAUGUGGACCAGCCUCACGGUCAGCUCUCGGGUACAACCUAAUUUAGAAAACGCCUAGCACUAGCCUCACUGGUAGCAGCGUUUACGUGCUCCAGAUCACGACCAGACAACGCCACGUGGUACGUGAAGGGCCCCCAGGUUGCUGUGGAGGUGGGAACACACACGUUCCGUCGAUAUUCGCAGUUCAUUGGACUGGACCGGCCGUGUCAGGCGUGCGGAUGCUGCGAAGACUAUCAAAUGCGUGUCAACGGUACCUUAUGUCUUGUAUAUUAAGUUGAAUUGUGAGGACUGAUUUGAUAUCAACUUGAAGGCUUGCACUGUGAGACAUGGAACGGGGGCUGUUGGCACUUCGCUUGGUGGUGGCAAAUGGGGGAGAAGGGGCGACCAGGUUGCUGUCUAUCGCUUCUAAAGGAUGUGGGAGUGCCAUGGGGCGGGGUCCUCUUCUGCUGCAGCACCGCCUGUUCUGUGGCCACUCAGGGCGGCUCCAUCAGAAGCAACAGGAUGUGACAAAGUCUGCCAUACCAAAAGAUGCUCCAAAGCCUGUUCCUGGAAUCCCAUACAACAAGUUGUCAGUCGGUGUGCCGAAGGAGAUCUGGAGGAAUGAGCGGAGGGUGGCGCUGACACCUGCUGCUGCAGCAACUCUGGUCAAGAAAGGCUUCGCCGUUCACGUGGAGGAUGGGGCCGGUCUGGAGUCGAAGUUCCGCAACGAAGACUAUGCUAGCGCUGGGGCCAAAGUUGUGGACAAAAGCACAGCCUUUCACUCAGACAUCGUGCUGAAAGUUCGCCAGCCGAUGGUGAACGAGCUAGGGCAGUUUAAGGAUGGAGGGACUUUGAUAUCCUUUUUGUUUCCUGGUCAAAACAAGGAUCUUGUGGAUCAGCUUCUUGCAAAGAAACUCACCGCAUUUGGCAUGGACUGCAUUCCUCGUAUCUCGCGUGCGCAGGUUUUUGAUGCACUUAGCUCCAUGGCCAACAUUGCUGGUUACAGGGCUGUGGUUGAGGCAGCAAACCAGUUUGGAAGAUUUUUUUCAGGCCAGAUCACUGCUGCUGGUAAGGUGCCCCCUGCAAAGAUUCUUGUUAUUGGUGGAGGAGUGGCAGGUCUGGCUGCUAUUGGUCAGGCUAAGAGCAUGGGUGCAAUAGUACGAGGAUUUGACACGCGGUCUUCGGUCAAGGAGCAGGUGGAGUCCCUGGGCGCAGAGUUCCUCGAAGUGACCAUCAGGGAAGAAGGUGAGUCAACUGGUGGCUAUGGGAAAGAAAUGUCAAAGGAAUUCAUUGAAGCAGAACAUGCUCUGUUUGCCAAGCAGGCACGUGACGUCGAUAUCAUCAUCACUACGGCCCUUAUCCCCGGCAAGAAGGCCCCUCUGCUUAUUCUUAAGGAACAUGUGGAGGCCAUGCGACCAGGGAGUGUGAUUGUGGAUCUGGCAGCAGAGACCGGUGGAAAUGUAGAGACGACGCGGCCAGGGGAGAUAUAUGUUCAUAAAGAUGUCAUCCAUGUUGGGCUUACGGAUCUGUCCAGUCGCUUGCCAACGCAGAGCUCCACGCUCUAUGCAAACAACAUUUCAAAGUUCCUGCUCAGCAUUGGUUCAAAGGAUCACUUCCACAUCUCCCUUGAGGACGAGGUUGUGCGUGGCAGCAUCAUAGUACAAAAUGGACGGCUUCUUUGGCCCCCUCCUCCUCCACCCACGCCUGCUCCUGGUGCUGCUUCUGCUGUUGCCCCUAAACCGACUGCAGAAAAGCCGGUUGCUGUUGAGCCAAACUACUUUGCCAACACACUCAAAGAUGCUCUUGUGUAUACUGGAGGGUUGGGAGGGUUGUUAGGUCUGGGUGUUGUUUCACCGAACGCUGCCUUCACCACGAUGAUGACUACGUUUGGACUGGCUGGCAUAGUUGGCUAUCACACUGUGUGGGGAGUAACCCCUGCCCUUCACUCACCACUCAUGUCUGUCACAAAUGCUAUCUCUGGCAUCACAGCUGUUGGGGGGAUGCUGCUUAUGGGUGGCACCGCCUUGCCCGAGACAACGCCACAGAUGUUGGGAGCAGGAGCAGCCUUUGUUUCAUUUAUCAAUGUGUUUGGAGGUUUUGUUGUGACACAGCGCAUGCUGGACAUGUUCAGAAGGCCGACAGACCCACCCGAGUAUAACAUUCUGUAUGCAGUUCCUGGGGCAGCAUUUCUAGGACUGUAUGGCUGGGGUGCGGCAAAUGGUUAUGGUGAAAUUCACCAGAUGGCUUACCUGGUAUCGUCUCUGUGCUGCAUAGGAGCGCUGGCUGGCCUCAGUACCCAAGCCACAUCCAGGCUUGGCAACAACCUUGGCAUGAUCGGUGUGAGUGGAGGUAUAGCAGCUACUCUAGGCCACAUGGCCCCAAGUGUUGAUGUGAUGACGCAGAUGGCAGCAUGCAUGGCCACUGGAGGUGUUCUAGGUACGACAAUCGCUAGGAAGAUAGACAUCACUGACCUCCCUCAGCUAGUGGCUGGCUUCCACAGUCUGGUUGGGCUGGCAGCUGUUCUCACGUGUAUUGCCACUUACAUCCACGAAUUCCCCACCUUUGCAACAGACCCUUCAGCAAACGUUGUUAAAACUGCAACAUUCCUAGGAACGUACAUUGGAGGUGUAACUCUGAGUGGUUCGCUGGUCGCGUAUGGCAAACUGCAAGGUGUUCUUGACUCGGCGCCACUGUUGCUUCCAGGCCGACAUGCCAUUAAUCUAGGACUAGGUGCAGCCAAUAUUGGGACUUUGGCAGUGUACUUUAUGGACCCCUCCAUGUCCGUUGGACUGUCCAUGCUUGGAGCCACCGCUGCACUCUCUACUGUCAUGGGUGUCACUCUAACAGCGGCUAUUGGAGGAGCUGACAUGCCAGUGGUUAUCACAGUGCUCAACAGCUACUCUGGCUGGGCCCUGUGUGCCGAAGGUUUCAUGCUCAACAACAACCUCAUGACGAUAAUCGGAGCCCUCAUCGGUUCAUCUGGUGCCAUCUUGUCCUACAUUAUGUGCAAGGCUAUGAACCGAUCACUGAUAAAUGUAAUCAUGGGUGGCUUUGGAACGUCAUCGACGCGCGCGGGGAAGCCCAAAGAGGUCACAGGCACUCACACAGAGGUGAACGUAGAUGGAGCUGUGGAACAAAUUAUGAAUGCUAAGAACAUCAUCAUCACACCAGGGUACGGUCUCUGUGUGGCGAAGGCUCAGUAUCCCAUUGCUGAGAUGGUGGAGACUUUGAAGAAAAAGGGCAAGAAAGUGAGGUUUGGAAUCCACCCGGUUGCAGGACGGAUGCCUGGACAGCUGAACGUGCUUCUGGCAGAAGCAGGUGUACCGUAUGAUGAUGUGCUUGAAAUGGAUGAGAUUAAUGAUGACUUCCCAGAAACGGACUUGGUGCUAGUGAUUGGUGCCAAUGAUACCGUGAACAGUGCCGCUGAAGAUGAUCCAAACUCCAUUAUAGCAGGGAUGCCAGUGCUCAGAGUAUGGAAAGCCAACCAGGUAAUAGUGAUGAAGCGGUCGCUGGGUGUUGGAUAUGCGGCGGUAGACAACCCCAUCUUCUACAACCCUAACACUGCCAUGCUGCUUGGAGAUGCGAAAAAGACCUGCGAUACACUGCUGUCUAAACUGAAGGAGAAGUAUGUAAACGUAGGCUGAGGAUUGGCUGUGGCAAUAACUUGGUAGUGCGUUGUUUGCCGAAUUUUUAUGGGGUAUGUACUCCAUGAAGUGGACUGCAGGGCACUGCCAUGUGAUAACAAUAACGGCAUUAUGUUUUCAUAAUACAUAAAUUGUACAUGCAUAUAUGUGAAAGCAGCCACUUUGUAAAGUGAUGUUUUGUCAUGGAGGAACUGUUCCCUCUCCGCAUUUUACUGUACCAAGAGCAGUUGUAAAGAAUCUUUAUUUAGAAAAUUUUCAAUAAUAUGCAACCUGUGGACCAUUCACAUAUCAAGUGCUUCAAUAUUUCAAGCAGCUGGUAUCAUUCUCAGUCUGUUCUUUGAAACGGAAAAAGUUUCUAGUGAAUAUGUGCGCUCAUAUUAUUUUACUUAAUUACCAGAAGGGUGUGCUUUCUGCUGUAUUGUAGUGGCAGGAGUGGGAACAUCAUUUCCACAUGAACGUCGCAGAACGUAAUUAAAAAUGGAGGGGGUCCUUGAUGCAGGCAGUAGGCGCAUGAUGUGUACGUCUUCAUGUGCACAUUUCAGGACAGUCCAUUUUGUUUAAAAAUUGGGUACUAUUUAUUUUAGAUUGUGUGAUAUUGCAUCUAUAACAGCAUGGAUAGGUUGGUAAGCUCCAGGUUGGGGGAAAUAUCUCUUAAUAUGAGAGUUUAAAGAAGUAACUUAAAAAUUUAAAUGUUUGAGAAUUCUACAUUUAAACAGAAUACCUACUGCUGUUACAUGACACCUGAUUUAUAUUUUAUAAAGGACGAGUAUUGUUAUUUUCAGCUUAA